GCCAGCGCGCGCGCGCCCCCGCGGAACUCCCGCCGGCGGCUUGGGUUCUCCCGGAGGCGCGCCCGAUCGCGGCGGCCGCCAACAUGGCCGAGACGAGCGAGGAGGUGGCGGUGCUGGUGCAGAGGGUGGUGAAGGACAUCACCAACGCCUUCCGCAGGAACCCGCACAUAGAUGAGAUUGGCCUGAUCCCAUGCCCCGAAGCAAGAUAUAACCGGAGUCCUAUAGUCCUGGUUGAGAACAAACUUGGUGUGGAGAGCUGGUGUGUCAAGUUCUUACUACCAUAUGUCCACAACAAGCUCCUUUUGUACAGAACAAGAAAGCAAUGGCUAAACAAAGAUGAAUUGAUCGAUGUCACCUGCACCCUGCUCCUUCUCAACCCAGACUUCACCACCGCAUGGAAUGUGAGGAAAGAGCUCAUCCUUUCUGGCACUCUAAGUCCAAUUAAGGAUCUGCAUCUGGGAAAACUAGCCUUAACUAAGUUUCCUAAGAGUCCAGAGACAUGGAUUCACAGGCGCUGGGUGCUGCAGCAGUUAAGUCAGGAAACUUCCUCGCCUUCCUCUGUGGCCAAAGGAAACUUAGGAACAGUUCCUGCAGAGAGGACCCAGCGAAUCAUACAGGAAGAGAUGGAAGUCUGUGGUGAGGCAGCUGGAAGAUACCCCAGCAACUACAAUGCCUGGUCCCAUCGCAUCUGGGUUUUACAGAAUGUGGCCAAGCUGGAUCUCAAGAUCCUUCUUGAUGAGCUGUCUUCUACUAAACACUGGGCAUCCAUGCAUGUCUCAGACCACAGUGGAUUUCACUAUCGCCAGUUUUUGUUAAAGUCUUUGAUUAGCCAGACUGCGAUGGACACUUCUGAACUGCAGCAAAACUCUUUGAAAAAUGAGCCAAAAGAUGAAGAAGCAACAGCUUCAACAGAGGAACCGAGGGUAAAUCUUACCCAGCUCCUAGAAGAAGAAGUAGACUUCUGCACAGAUCUUAUUGAUUCCUAUCCAGGACACGAAACCCUUUGGUGUCAUAGGCGGCAUGUUUUCUACCUUCAACAUCACUUAAAUGGCAGGUUUCCUCCAAGUUUGACUCACCUGUCACCUGCAGACUGCUCUGGGGGGGCUUUAAAUGACUUGCACCUGAUUCCAGCAACCCCUCAACUAUCUCAGGCAAUGGAAGUGGACGGACUGAAUGACUCCAGCAAACAAGGCUAUUCCCAGGAAACCAAGCGCCUGAAACGGACCCCAGCUCCAGACUCUCUAGGCCUAGAGAUGGAGCACAGGUUUAUUGAUCAAGUAUUAUCCACUUGUCGGAAUGUAGAGCAAGCCAGGUAUGCCAAUGCAUACAGGAAAUGGCUGGUGACUUUGAGUCAGUGAAAGGGGUGGAUUCAUCCUAAGAAAUUCCCCUUUUAGUGCAAUAUUGCUUUCCUUUCUCAAUGCCAUAGUUGCAUGAACUGACUGGCUACCUAUGUAUUCUUCAUCUAGAGCUUAAAAGUCUGUGAAAAACCUUUUGUUGUAUUUAUUUUGUUAAGAGCCAGCAUUCUUUUGGGUACAGAAUAACUGUAGAGUUCCUUCUUGCUACACAAUGAGUCUUAUUUUUUUUUUUUUUCUGUUUGAUUCCAUGCCCUUUCUGUUUCAGUGUUUGGGCUUCUCAUUUGGUUCUUGAGAUUGGUUCGCACACCUUUACUCGCCUCAGUUCCGUUGCUACAUAAGCAGUUUCUUUAGAAAUUGACAAUUUAAGUUGCACUUCAGCUUAAGAAUAUUAGUACAUGUGCAGAAGGACUUGAUCUAAUUGCAGUUUUGAGACUAAAAUGGCUAGGUGGGUGGAUAUGUGAAAAUGUGAGCCACCUCUUUCUCAAGCAUGUUCUCCAGUUACCGACUCAGAGAACCACAGCCAGGACUGUUAGAAUUUAUAUAGAAAAAAAAAUGCUUCCAAUGUAAUCUAUUUUUUAAAUGAUUAUUUAAAAGAAACUAAACUAAUUUAAGAGUUUAUGUAAUUGUAGUACUGGAAAAUUAUUUUUAUUACUAGUUUUGAUAGAUUGUUUUUACCUCAUAUUUGGUAUAUGCCAAAACAGUAAGUCAGCCCUUAUAAAAUAAAUUCUUUUAAAAAAAAAAAAAAACCAGAAAUGCCACUUUUAGUUAUUACUACUUUUUUCCUUCUAAAAUCAUUCAUGAAAAGUGGGAGAAAUCUACACAGAAAUGUAGUCCUGGAAAGCUUUCUUUUUAAAAAUUUAAGUUACUGAGGUUAUACUGGAUAAACUGCAGAGUUUUUGUCAAGUGGCUAGUCAGAGUUUACUGGCAAAAUCCUGGGGGAAGACUAGUUUUGAGCAUUAUUUCAAUUUUUACUUUUAAAAUCAAACAAAACACUUUGAUACUAAAAUCAUCAGGGAUAAGUACCAAAGUCCAUAUAGCUAUAUCUCAAUAACAAGGGCUGUGUUUUUCAGGUUGGCGAAGUGGGGUGGGAAUGGGUCAAAUACCGUCUCCGUCUCUCUUCUCCAUCCACCCCUUCGGAUGAGCUGUGAUUCUUCUGUGCAUCCCUUCUCUUUAUUCAUCACUCACUGGUCCAUAUUUUUUUCUCGUGUGUCCUUUUUUCAGGGAUGCCCACUGAAGCUAUUAUCUCUCUUUGGUCAAUGAAUUUAAUACCUGUCAAUGAAUAAGAGAUGUCACUCUCAUUCUCCCUUUUAAUGGUUGUCUUGAUUUGGGUUUCUAUUGCUGUGGCGAAACACUAUGAAUAAAAGCAACUCGGAGAGGAAAGGGUUUAUUUUGCCUAUGCUUCCAGGUCACAAAUAGUCCAUCACUGAGGCAAUAACUCAAGCAGGACAGGAGUCUAUAGGUAGGAGCUGAUGUAGAGGCCGUGGAAGAGUGUUGCUUACUGACUUGCUCUCCAUGGCUUGCUCAUCUGGCUUUCUUACAGCACCCAUGAAUGGCAGCCCACAGGGUGGCCCCAUUCAUAGUGAUCUGGGCUCUCUCCCAUCAAUCACUAAUUAAGAAAAUCUCUUAUAGGCUUCUUUAUAGCCCAAUCUUAUGGAGGCACUUUCUCAAUUGAGGUUCUCUCUUCUCAGAUGAAUGUAGCUUGUGUCAAAUUGACAUGAAACUAAGACAUGAAACAGUGGUAGAAGCUGUCUCUUGUCUGCGUGUGCAGAAUGUAAGCAAUGAUUACAGAAAUAAGCACAGCCCUCAAGUUUUGUGUGUUCUCUUUCACAGUUGGUACUGGGAAAGGCAACCACUCCUGUCUCCCCCUAGUGGGAACUUGUGCACUUGAGGUAGGCACACUUCAUUAAGAGGGGGGGGAACCUUUAACUUGGGCAUCAUGGUCUUAUUAGUGGCAGCCUGCUGAGCUGAGUGACGCAUCUAGGAUACUAGAAAAACAUUUCUACUGACACCAGUACAAAGAUCUUACUCUCUUGGAGCAGUUAUUUUUACUGUUUUAUAGUAUUUAGAUGAUAAAAUACUCGACAUUGUGAACAUAAUUCUACAGCUUUCUAUAUACAAAGCAUAUUUUGAAUCAUCAAAUACCUCAAGUUCUACAUGGGUCUCUAUAGGAAAACAGUUACAUGAUGUUUAGCUCCUCUGAGAUUGAGUAGAAAUGACCCAGCAGUUCCUGCUGCCGAAUCCUGUCUUUAUUCGGUAUUACCUUUUCCCCCAGCAUCCUUUUUAGUUUCCCAAGGAAUAGGACUUACAUUUGAUGUAGUGUGUCAGGACGUGAGCAUAGGCUAUGCUGUAUGAACAUCAACUAAAUUUGUAUAGUGUCCAUGCCUUUUUAUAUCUCCUACUCAGCGUCUUGGUCAUCUUCAGUGUUAUGUUAGCUGGCUUCUUAUGUCCGCCAAGGCUCAGCCCAUGCCUCCCAGAAGCCAUGGACUCCUCUAAUAUACACCAUGGUCUCUUCUUCCUAAUAUGGUUGGAAGUUGGUAGUAAAAGUACAGAUAUCUAAAAGAUCCUGUUUGUAUGCGGCUUUUCUGUGCUACAUUAAUUAGUUCUGAAGUCAGCAUUUGUAAGAGUUGUUCACAGGACUUAGGAUUUCCCUGUAUAUUUUCCCUGAGCGUUUACCAUUUACCCUCUCUAGCAAGCUACUGUGUCUUUGACCAAAUGAACUAAUGCAGUAGAAAGAAAAUGUAUAAUUUAGGGGCUUGUGUAGUCAUAUUCUUCUGUACAUAAGUUGUUGCUAAAAAGAAAAGAUGGUUUAGACUGACACAUUGCAUAUGAUUUUUACUGGGAAAUUAGCAGGCCAUUAUACCAUCCUAUGGAUCAGGAAAGCUACUGACGUGCAAAAGUGCUAAGAUCUGUGGCUUCUGCCACAGCCCUGCCCUACCUUUCUUAAGUCUGUGUAUUUUGGUGAUGUAUUUUCAGGUUGUAUCAUAUGCCUUGCACAUUAUAAGGACUUAAUAACUAUUAAGUUGACUAAUUCAGUCUUUGAAGAAGGGAAAGAUUGGUCAUGAAUGAUGGAAUAAUGAUCAGGAAAUUAAUGAGUUAUAAGUGAGUGAAGUGGGCUAGUUUCGUUAAUACUUAAAAGGAGCUCCCACAUGUAAAAUUAGUGAGAUUUAAAUUUAGUGUCUUCAUUACCUUGUUUAGACUUGUUAACUCUCAGUCAUGAGAUGGAGCUCUAAAAUUCUCUUAACUGUUUGUUUGUCUACACUAAAAACUCUCAGAGUCAAUAAGACCCAUUUGAUAAGAAUAUUGUUUUCUUUCACUAGAUGAUGUUGAAGAGCAGAUCUUGCAUACAGAGCCAGAGGCACAUUUGAGCAGCUAGAAUACUGCUUGGAUUUAGAGAAUUGUUAAGUCUGUAUCUGUACAGGAGUCAUCCCGAUCCCCAACUUGAACUGUGGACCUUUUAGGUACUCCGUGAACCUGUGUGAGCCAUUUUUUAAACCUAAGGAUUUUAUACCUAUUACUAACCCCUCUUCCUUCUGUAGAAGCUCUGGGCCCAAACAUUUCUUACUCUCAUGAGACAGUUCUACCUUAAGCUAAACGCUUCAUUAAUUCUUUCCCUUUGUUUUUGCUGGUGCUGAGGAUCAGGCUCAGAUUUAUUAAUCAGUCAUAGAAUUAAAUGUGUACAGAUUAUCACCAAAAGCCACUUAUAGUUUCAGAUAAGGGCUACGUGACAUACAAUGUAGAAGCAAGCUUUUGAGUUUAUAUGCAGCAGUCUGCAGAAAGCAUGUGUGGUAGACAUUGUCAUUUAGUUAAUGUUCAGAUCCUCUCAGUUCAUGUGUGUGUGUGUGUGUGUGUGUGUGUGUGUGUGUGUGUGUGUGUGUGUGUGUAGAGCUUACUAAAAAUUAUCAGUCUUGCAGUUUUCUCUUACACAGCGCAAGGUUGUGUCUGGCAUGGGCCAAAUGUAACUUAAGUGUGGAACCAACAUCAUACAGGCAUCCCAGUUGGCUCCCUAAGUUAGGGAAGAUUCAUCUGUAAAAUGAAUAAUUCUCUUUUUUUAUUUUCAAAAAAGCUUCUUGGGUUUACUGUUAUUUUGCUGUUAGAAAACUGUACUUUAAAUUUUUUAAAUGCUUUAUUCUAAAAAUUUUGAGCAUUGUAAAAACCAUAUCUUUUGUCUUAAAUAAAACUGCAAACCCUAGCAAUAUGUGUGUUCCCCCACCCCCGACACAUAUGAUCUGUAAUGAGCUCUUGCUUAUUAAAGAAGCAUGUUGGGGGUACCAGGAAACUUCAGCAAACUUGGUCUCAUAGAAGCAGUGAGCAAGAAAAAGCCACCCCAAGAAUUUCACAUCCUGUCACACAGUGUCUUCUUUAAAGUAACUAUAUUAUGUUAACUUGAGUGCCUUUCUUACCUCAAUGUGGAUACAAGGUUGUCUUACACUGAACUCUUUCGUUUAACUAGUAAACAAGAUAGAAAUGUAUCAGACAGCUCGUUGUGAUGCAGUGGGAUACUGACUGGAGAAGACAGGAUCUUGUGACGUAUAUUUCAGUAACUGGCAAUUUUUGAGUGCUCUUCGAAGAACCCCGAGACUUAGAAUCCGUUCUUCCCCUUUGACCGCUAACGUUUUGAGAUUGGGAGGCAUCGUGAUUACAGGGCAGUGUGCGCAAAGGCUGUACCACCUGCGCUCAAAAGGAAGCAGGCGCCCGGAGCACCUGAGAGAGCAGGUGCUUGUCCCAAGGGACACUUCGCCUUACUCGGAAGACCUUCCCUCCCUCCCUCCCUCCCUCCCUCCCUCCCUCCCUCCCUCCCUCCCAAAUCCAGGCAUGGGGUAGGUCAGUUAAAAGGGGAAAAAUAGGACUUGCUAAUACCAAAAGAAACGUGGUAAAUACUAAAAUGAUUUUUCAAAUUUUAUGUAUUUGUGUGUGAAAGGGGAGGGUAGGACCAUCAUAUUUCAUGAUAGCAAAUAAUUUUUCUUUAAAGAUUCCAGAGUGUUUGCAGAGAACUCUUGAAUAAUAUAUCUCUUAUUUUGUGUUCAUAAUUGAUGCAGAAACCAAUGUAUCUAUCCUGUGUGGAUUUAGGGUGUGAGGGGAAUUCUCAGGCUCUCGACUUUGACUUCUUUACCCUCUCAGGCCGUCCCUGUUACCACGGAACAACUAGAGACUGUUCACUUACAAAUACAGGGCAGUUAAGUUGCUCCGCUGAUGGAACAGUAUGCUUCCAAGGCUAUUAACUGUAUGAAGCGUGUGCUUUCUGAACAACAGCACAAGUCACAAGUCACAAAGCUGAGCCUGACAUUAUUAGUUCAUUGUUGUUCCUCAGGGUGUAGAAAAUUUCAUCAAUUUAGAACAAAAUUUUAUAUUUUGUGGCCAAAACGAAAAGGCAAAAUAUGCUAAGUACAUUGCUAGCUGUUGAACGUUAGUAUGUAAAAGCUAAUACAUACUGUCUUGCUGCUUGUAUUGUGAAUGUUAUCAUAAAUGUCGCCCAUGAAGAGAAUUUCUGUGUUCUCUUUCCACUUUGGGGAAGUGGAGAAAAUUCUGUUUUGUUUCAGUUGACAUCCUCAGCCUUUAGAAAUCAUACUGAGGAAAACAGUUACUGUUGUUUUGCAGAUUAACAGCUGUUUUGAUUCUAAGACUUCUUUUUCUCUGUGAGUGUGAGAUGCAAGACCUAGGCAUGUUCAGGGCAUAACAUAAUUCCUGCCAUGUUGUGGGAAACCAACAAGUCAGAGCUGAUAAAUACUGGAGAAAGAAUAUUAAUAUCUCUCUCUCUCUUAUUAAUGUCCAUAUUCUUAGUUGUGAGUGAACCGUACUGUCUUGUAUGAAAAAUACAUUAUCAAGUUUAAAUAUAAAAGCAAGACUGUAUAACAUUGCAACCAGAGUUGAGGUUCCUUUUAUGUAUCUAAAUUAUGUGUGUGCACAUACACACAUCUAAAGAGAUCUGAAGAUUAGGCAUACAUGAUUUUUUUAACAAAAGAUUUUAUCCCAUGAAUUUUAUUUUUACAUUUGCUCAAAGUGUUCUUAUUUAAGGUAAUUUUCUUGCAACUUCCUCUAGCAAAGUUGGAAACUGACCUAAGUGUCCAUUUGCCCUAUUUAAAUAUUUGUGAAAACAGUUUGAUUGGGGUUGCAUGGUUUAUAAACCAUAUUGUUCUGCUUUUCUUCCAUCUCUUUAAGGAAUCAGCCUUUAUUUCAUGCCUAGCAGUCACUUUCCUCACAGCACUGUGCAGCAUAUAGCAGAUACCUGUUCAUGUUUAUAAAGUGAUGGAUAAUACAUAUGAGGUAUUUUUUUAAUGUGCCAUGGGGCAGUAUGCUAAUGUUGACUCUCCUGGAAACUCAUUUAUUCCUACAUCCAAUGUCAUGUAUUUGAAGCAGGCAGCUUUUGUUGGUUAAAGAGUGGUGUAGAUGGAGUGCAGAUAUGAAGUACUCACUCAGCUGUUGUUCCCACAUCCAACAGCUCUCACCAAAGAGACUGUUGCCCUCUCUUCACUGGAGAAUGUAUUUGUAGAGUAAUGUGUUGAACCCUGAAAAAUGUUAUUACAUGACAUGAUUUAUUACACAUUUGUUUAGGCUGCAGUUAGAAGCAUUAUAAAAAUAUUGUUUUAAUAAAACCAUGGUAUGAAGAUAGGAGCAUAAAAAGUUUAAGCAGUAGCUUGUUGUGCAAGACACAUUUAAUAAAUGUCUUAAAAUAUUGGCAACUGAACUCUUAAAAGAGCUAUGGCCAUCUUUUGCAGCCCGUGGAUGUAUCAGCCUAUCCAGCACUUUCUGGCAGAGGCUCUUUAUUUUGCCCUAAUUCUCUCUCUCUUUUUCUUUUUUUUUUUUUCUUUUGGUUUUU